CUCAUGACCGGGUACAAAGAAAGGGCUUUUCUAGCCACCAAAUGGGCUACCCUAUUACUACGCCGACCUACAAACCUAAUGCUAAACCCAGGCUGGACUUGGAGACAAUUAGCAAUUUCUUCAAGAAGAGCACCCAUCCUAUUAUCUCCAUGAUCCCCCGAUUGAGCUUAUCAACAAUGACUUUGGGGUCGCCUUCAAAACAAACAUCAGCAACCUGCAUUUCAAUUAAAAAGAGUUAUUUGCACUAAUCUCCAAUCCCUGCUCACCUAGACUCAAUGGACUGUUUACCUAGACCCAUAGCUACUAUUCAUUUUGUUCUCAUUGGUUGUUGCUUUUGUGGUGGGCCCUCUCUCUGUUGCUUAUUUUUUCUGCCACGGAAAACGCGUCGGCCUCAAAUGGGUGACUCUAUCCAAGAUAGAGGCUGGAUAUUUUACAAGUCGUUUUAGACGAGAAGGGAGGAGAAUCUUUUUUGCCGCCAAAUCAAGAAAUUUUGACAAUGAUUCGAGAAAAGAGAGAGGAGCAGAGGAGACUGGGAGUGAUUCGAGAGGAGCAGAAAAUUUUGGUGGUUCUACAUGUUCGACCGAUGAUCCGUUUCGAUUCUUACAACAAUGUUUUUAUGUUGGGUAUUGGAUUAAAAUCUGAAAUUCUAUCGGCGCCCGGAGUUCCAGUUUCUCUUGGAAGGGAAAAGUUGGAGCUCGAUUCUCCAAGAGUGAGAUCAUGGAGGUAAAAUAAGGCGGGAAAUUAUUACCCGGGGAGAAAGAACUGUCUUUGGGCCGGAAGGGAUGGGACUGUGGGCCUCUCCAUUUGGGCCGAAGAUUAGAUAAAUUAUCAUAAGAGAUUAGCUUCGUAAUUACACUAAGCUUAUGGGUCGUUUACUUGCCAUUCCAUUUCUGUUAGCUGCCACAACAGAAAACAAAAUUAAAAUGAAAACGAAGCUGUCAUUUCCUGGAAAACAAAACCUGAAAAAAUCUUGUUUAGCUGAGAAUUUUGGUGAGUUCUGAAAUUGAGUUCUGAAAUGAAAACCUGUUUAGUUGCUUCAUUCUGUUUUCUGAUUCUUGAUUAUCAUACAACCCUAGACAUGAUUAUAAUUUUUAAUUUGAAUUAAAUAGUUUUUAAACUACAAAUAAACAGAAUACAAGUACAACAUCUUAUAUUAAUUAAGUACUAGUACAACAUAAAAAUUCAAAUAAGUCCAGCUUGAAAGUCAUCCCACAACUUGUCUGCUAUUCCAUCUCGUCGUACAUCCAUCGCUCGAGUUUCGCUCGAGUCGGCGACUGGAACUUCAGCGAAGGAGUAAGCUCCUGCCUUGUGUUCAUGCUCAAACUUUGCGACGAGAGGGUCAAAGCUUGGAGGGAUGGCUCACCGGCUGGAAGUUGGAGAUAGACGGCUGCAAAAGGCAAGGGGCGAAGCUGGUAUGGAGGGAGAUGAAAGGGAAGAAUUGCUACUGGUCUAGGGCAGAUGAAAUGAGCAAUAUCACUAGGGUUUUCCGGAAGGCACAAGGGAGUGGGUGGGGUGUCACGUGUGGGUAUGUGUAAAUAUAUGGGAAAAAGAGAAUGGCGUUGGGGACUCGAAGCGGCAACUUCAUUAAUGAAGAGAGUCGCUUUCCUGCGAGAAAACGGGGGGAAACCCGCCCCAAAAUUUUAUGAAAACUCAAUUUGAUCGUUUCCCCACAGCUUCCCAAUUAUUGUUAUUUGGUUUUUUUGUAUGAAAACGAACCAACAAGUGAACACGUUUUCUUGUAUGUGUUUUUUGAUUUUUUUUGUCACAACAAAAAAUAGAAAACAAAAUGGCUAGUAAACAGGGCAUUAGGGUUUCCUCCCAAACCAAGACAAUACUGCAUGAGAUUAUGUCAAAUAAAAGAUCGAACAAAGCCGCCGCCGAUCAACCGGCGGCGUUGCUAACCGUAACCCUAACCCUGUCCAGCGGAAAACUCCCCGCCGACCUCGUGAUCGAAAUCUUCAGGAAGCUCCCCGCUGCCUCCACCCUUGCCGUGCUCCGCUGCGUGUGCAAAUCAUGGCGCGCUCAUCUCUCCGACCCGUCUUUCCUCCGCCGGAUCCUCGUCAUAGACGACGAUCUCGAUGGCAGCCGUCAGAUCAUGACCUUCCGCCUGACCGAUGAUCAAAAGCCGCUCUUCUCUCCCUGCUCGUACGACACUCUCCUCCCCUUAUCCGCCGAUCCACCGCAACCGGUCCUCCUCCUCUCCGCCGCCGGCGAAGACCUGCGCUGUCACGUUGUGGGGCACGACAACGGCAUCUUUUGUUUGGGGGACGGGAUAGGUUAUCCCGGCGGUUUCCAUCUACACAACCCGGCGACCUCGGAGACCAAAGCAUUACCCCCGUCGCCAUUUACCUUGCCGGAAUAUUUCGGCCACUCAUGUGGCCACAUGUUUGGUUUCGACUCGAAAGCAAAUGACUACAAGUUCAUCAGGCUGAGAAAGGUCAUCUUCCACCACGAGUGGAAACGUGUCCAGGACGGCCAGAAGGACAAGGGCGUCAGUUUCGCCGAGGUCUACAGCUUGAGAAACGAUUCGUGGAGCAAGGUCGAGACCGACGUCAACCUCUACUGGUUCUGCCUUUACUCGGCGAACUCGGUCCUCGAGAGCCACGACGGGAAGUGCUACCGUUGGGAACGAGAAUAUUGCAACAAAGGGAGGAGUAGGACGAGGGUCCUCUCUUUCGACCUAGCGAAGGAAGUUUUCGAGAUGUUCGAGGUUUUGGAUCCUUUGCCGGAGAAGUGGCCUGCUUACUUUUACAAGGUAAUUCGCCCUCGCCACGUGAGCUUCGUGAGAGGCUCGAUGGUGGUGGUUUUCGACGGCGGUGAGAUGAUGCCGCAUGCCGCCAUGCUUGAGAUAUGGGUGAUGUUGAAGUUGGGAGAGGCGGCUUCGUGGGUGAAGUUGUAUGGUGUACCUAGGGGGAGUGACGGGUGGGAUUACUAUAAGUCUCGCCCUUUGGGGUUGUGGAAGGACUGGAAGUGUGUGUUCGUGAAGAAGAAGGAGGAGAAUUGGUCGGUUCGUGGAGGAGAGGUUCUUGUGUUCGAUCCUGAGAUUCGAGAUGCUGCUGGUCUCGAGGUUCGAACCGAUUCGGAGGAAAUUAGGAUUAUAUGGGAUUAUACUCCGAAUCGAGUUUCGUUGGCUGGGUUUUCUGAUACAGAUUGAGGAUGGAAGAUUGUGGGGUUUUUUUAUAUAGAAUUGGGUGUUCUUUUAGAUAUAGGUAGUUUCUUUUGUUUGGGUGAACUACUACGUGUACUUACUCUGGCAUGCAGGGAUGACAAUCCAUUUUAUCAAACCUGUUUGACUUGUUUUUGGCCGAAUAGAUGGGGCGGAUCAUGGGUAAUCUUCUCUAUCUGACCUGCCUCAUUCUAAUCCGUUCUUGUCUAAAUCACGUGUAAUUUAACGCAAACUGCUAGAAUUUUACUACUACUACUAUUAUUCUAUAUUUUAGCUACAAUAAUGUUACUCAAACUAAUUUUCUUGCUCAAUGGUAUGAGUUGGAAUCGGCCACUUUGUACAAAACUGAUUGUUUUUUAUGAGGCAUUUAUCGUAUUUCUAAGUGCAACUAGUUAUUAUAACAUUUAGUUUGAAAGAGUGUUUGUGAAACCUCAUACAACUUGCACUUAAUUAUAUGUAAAUUCCAGCUUACCACAAUCUGAGUCACAAAGUUGACCAUUUUGGCCUGACAACAGUAAUCAUAAUCUUAUAAAAAAAACUUGUUUCUUCAUUUUAAAACUUAAUAGUUGUCAAUUUAGAAGAAAAAUGAAGAGUUAAUAUUAUCCUUUUACUCGUUAAUAUUACCUUGGAUGAAUUUCAAUGAGAAACUAGAUAGAAUAAGGUCUUUAACUUUGUAGUGGGGAGAGCUAUUAGGGUUAACACUUAUCUCUUAUACAAAACACAUAUCAUCUAAUGGAUUUACACCAAGAACCAAAAAAUUGAAAAAACAAAAGCAUGGAAACAUAAAGAAAAAUGUUAACACAAAAAUCUUCAUUUGUUAAUAAUUAAGAGAAUUUUUAAAAAAUCUUUAUUUGAUUUAAGCAUGGAGCCCAUAAAAAAGAAAAUGAGGGGAUUUAUGGUUUUGUUUGCUUAUAUGGGCAAGGACUAACAACUAAAUCAAACUCCUUUAGACCUUUACUAUUCGGGUUGAGGAUUUCUCUGCCUUGUUAGUUGAAUAAAGAAACAUGUUCAUGGCUUUUCGAAAUCGUGUUUAUGUAAAGACAUAUAUUAUUGAUAUGUUUUCGCUCUAUGAAAUAUGUCUUGUUGUAAGUAUUCUAGAAAGAAGGGUGUGGAAUUCGUUGGUACAGGCUUAGAGGUGACGACCAAUAAGGUGUCAUUCGAUAAAUUGUUUGAAUAAUUACGUCUCUCUACUGAUUCAACAAAGAAUUAGAUUUAAAAUUCAUGUUUUUAUGGAUAUACAUUGAACAACCGCCUUUUAUUUGGAGAAAUAAGUAGUUUAGAAAAUCUAAUUUAUUGAAUUAUCAAUAUGUCAUGGACCUGUCAGUCUUGUUAGACGAUCAAAGACAAACGCUCGGUGCAUUUCACGAUUGUGUAGAUAUGAAAAUUUAUAUUGCUAAGAUGGCCUCCCUAUGGAAAUUGAUUUUUUCAGGUUUCCAUCUAUACAACCCGGCAACCUUGGAGACCAAAGCAUUACCCCCGUCGCAGUUUACCUUGACGGAAUAUUGCGGCAGCUUAUGUGGCCACAAAAAUCUUCAUUUCCUAAUAAUUAAGAAAAAAAAUUUAAAACUGUAUAUUUUAUGUCUUUGAUUUGAGAGUGCAUCCCGUGAAAAGAAAAGAGAGGAUUUGAGGCUUUUGUUUGCGUAUAUAGUAAAGCCUAACAGCUAAAUCAAGCUCCUUUAUUAAUCUGUUUAAGGAUCUCUCUACUUUAAAACUUAAGUGUAUAUUAUCUUCGAAUAUUCAUAUGAGUAGAUGAGUUCAAUCGCUAUAGACACCCAAAUAUUUGGAUAUUCGUCAACGAUAUUAUACUAAGAUGAAAAUUCAAUAAGUUUUUGUUGGAAGAAUGUUGUAAUUUUAGUGAACUCUUAGAAUACACUAAAAUGGGGAGGAAUGUUGGAAAUUUCAAAUCGAUUUGGAAUUAUGCCGACCAAACUGAUUUUGGGUUAGACUGACCAAAUCAAAUAUUAUAAAUCCUUGAAGGGACA